GCCCUGCUUCCUGUUUCUUUUGUCGACCGCGGCAAUUGACUCCGUCUCAGCUCCUCAAUGCAGCGACUUGGUUCCUUAAAAACCGCGCUUCCUUCCCUUAAGCUCCAGCCUUCUUUUCGCAACCCCAGAUUCCUUCGAUUCAUGGCCUCUAUUGCAGCAGAAACCAUGUCUUCAGCAACUCGACCUACCCAGCCUUCACGGCAAUUAAGCACAACGAGCGGUGACUUCUCCUCGUCAAAUUCCCCAAAUGUCCGCAAGUACCUGGGAACGUAUGGCCUCACUCCUCCGGCCGUUGAGAGCUACGAGGUGCAGAGUCAGCGCUGCCUCAGGCUCCUGGCCAUGAAAACCGCGCCAAUCGAGAAAUUCCAGUACCUUGUCCACCUCAAGGCCACAAACGUGCACCUUUUCUACAGACUGCUAGGAGAGAACAUCCAGGAUCUGACUCCUCUUAUUUACACCCCGACCGUCGGCGAAGCCUGCGUACGAUGGCACGAAAUCUGGACACAACCCGAGGGCAUGUACCUCUCAUGGAGCGAUCGUGGCAAUCUUCGCCAGAUCCUCGACAACUGGCCCCACGACGUCGAUAUCACCGUUCUCACGGACGGCUCACGUAUCUUGGGUCUUGGAGAUCUGGGUGUAAACGGCAUGGGCAUUCCUGUCGGCAAGCUGUCACUAUACACUGCUUGCGCUGGUAUCAGGCCAGAUGCCACUCUGCCACUCUGCCUUGAUUUGGGAACAAGCAACAAGGCGCUGCGAGAGGACCCACUAUACAUGGGCUCCAGGACGCCCAAGGUCUCCGCCGAGGAGGAGAAGGAGUUCCUGGAUGAGCUCAUGGCCGCCCUCACUGAUAAGUGGCCAAGUAUCGUCAUCCAGUUUGAAGACUUCAAGAACCCCUUCCCUGCCAUCGAACGUUACCAAAACAAAUAUACCAUGUUCAAUGACGACGUGCAGGGAACUGGCGCUGUGAUUGUUGGCGGUUUCAUCAACGCUAUCAAAGCCUCUGGCGUUCCCGCCAAGGAUCAUAAAGCAGUCUUCCUCGGCGCCGGCAGCGCUGGUGUUGGUGUUGCCAAGCAGAUCGUUGAAUACUUCAUCAAGGAAGGUGUGCCAGAAGAGGAGGCCCGCCGCAAAUUUUGGUUCGUCGACACGAAGGGCCUCGUUACCCAGGACCGCGGCGAUAAGCUGGCUGAGCACAAGGUCUACUUCGCUCGCGACGAUAACAACGGCCGCCAGUAUCAGUCUCUCAGUCGCUUGAUUGACUAUGUACAGCCCACAAUUCUUAUGGGUUUGUCGACAAUUGGUGGCGCUUUCAACCAGGACAUUCUCAAAAAGAUGGCCAAGCUGAAUGACAGGCCCAUCAUCUUCCCUCUCUCCAACCCCUCAAGCAAGUCCGAGUGCACGUUCGAAGAGGCCGUGCUCCACACAGAAGGACGCUGUCUCUUUGCUUCCGGCUCUCCAUUCCCGGUAGCGGAGUGGGAUGGCAAGCUUCUCACCCCCGGUCAAGGAAAUAACAUGUAUGUUUUCCCUGGUAUCGGACUCGGUGCUAUCAUUUCCAAGGCUGUGUCAGUCACUCAAGACAUGAUCUACGCCUCUGCAGAGUCGCUCUCGACCUCUUUAAAUAAGCAGGAGGUCGCUGAUGGCUGGCUCUACCCUGAUAUCCGCCGCAUCCGCGAAGUCUCCGUCGUCGUGACUCGUGGCGUCAUCCGCGCCGCACAAAAGAAUGGCGUCGAUCGUGCUACUGAGCUGCGAGACUUGACUGAUGCGCAGCUCGACUCGUACAUCAAGGAGCGGAUGUACAACCCUUACAACGAGCGCGACAACAUCGGUAACAUUGGCGAAGAGGUCAAUCAACUACUCGCUCAGGCCACUGGCCUGAGUGGCCAGACUGACGGUGCCAAGGGCAUCACCAAUGGUGUCGCCCAUUUGUAAUGUUUCACUUGUUUGAUCACGGCGCUAUUGGUUAUUACAGAAGGUUUCUUCUUUUCUAACUACCAAAAUGUUUAGACUGGACAUUGGGGCAUGGAAAAGUGUAUCUUCGGAACGGAUGGACUCAAUACCCUACGACGAGUCUUUCCCACGCGACACACUUGUCGCACAGAUAGAGCGGCU